CGUUCACGUGGUUCCUGACCCGCGUAAGCGUGUGUGCAACUCUCCUCGCGGGUAUUGCGUGUUCACGGUGGCCCCUCUACUCAUUCGACUGGCCUCCAGUCGCCAGUCCUUCUACGGCAACACUCAGCUCCGCAGCUCUUGCCUCGGCUUCGUCGUCGUCGUCGUCGUCUUCGUCGUCGCCGCGACUCGAUCGUUCGAGUCGAUGUUUCGUGCGUGCGUGCGCGCGUACACGCACGAAGAGCGCUCAUCGUUCGGUUUGGACUAACUCGGGCCACGCUCGCCACUAAAUUCGCCCCUUUCUUCCCUCCAACAAUCGGAGAGGACGUGGUGACACAAUCUGUCUUUAGAAUCUUCAAUCGGGGCGCACAGAGAGGCACGGCUCGUGUACUACACGCUCUUUCAUUUGUUCCAACUCGUUCGUUCCGAGUUCGUUCCUCCUAGUGGGCUCGUUCCCUCCACGAGAACCGAGAGCAGUUUUUCUUAUCUCUGAUCGAUAGAUCCGAACGAAUUCGCACGAUUCGCGCAACAUUCGAAUAAAUCCUUUUCUUCCAGAGGUUAUACCCACUAUUGCAUCCACUCGUAAUUUGUAUCUUUCGUUAAAAAAGGUGAAAGAUACAUAUCUAAACUAUAUAUAUCGUAUCUUUAAUUCUUAGAACCAUAUCUGUACAGAAUUCUAACGUGGAAAAGAGGAACAUUUACGAGGAACGAAGCGGAUCUCCACUUGAGUUCCAUCUCUUUAAACUCGAUAGGAAAAUAAAAAUUUCAAACUUUUGAUAUAUUUGAGAGUACAAUUGAAAUUUUUAAGAAACUUUCCAAGAUUAAAAAUGAAUAUUGCAUUUCCUUGGCAAGGAAGGAUAUACGAAAAGGAAAAAGGACCCGAGCGAGGAUCCAAGGAUUUCCAUUGCUAUUCGGAUUUGUACGAGAUACAAAUUGCGGCGAAGGAGGCUCGGUUACAAACGAUGCUCGGUUCCUUCGUUAACGUGCAUCGCGUAGAACGAACGCAUCGCGAAAAUUAGUAAUCAUCGCGCGGCCAGAUCGAGCACGCAUUCCGCGAUAGGAUGCGUAUUACGCGUUAUGGCACGUGUCCUUUGCAAGCGUGUCGUUCCAAUACCCGUCGUGUGCCUUUCAACGCGUUCAAUCACGCCGCCGGAUGAUGAAUUAUUAAUUGCCGGCCAUACAUUUGCUACCCGUCUCCUCUCUUCCAACACAAGCUCGAAUAAUUGCCACCAUCGCUCCUUCGACGUUGCUCUUCUUGAGAUGGAACAUCGAGUUGGAACGGAUCACUCUUAGAUUCGUUCCUCUAGAAGAACCAAUGUUUCUUCAAGGGAAUGAGUCUAUACUUGAAAUUUUAUCCAACAUCGAUACUUUGAAUGCCGAGAAAUCGUUAUAGAACUUCGUCGUUUCUCCGGAUUCCCUUCCUCCAAAAAAAAAUCCGGAAAAAGAAAUUUCCUCUUUCAUCGUUCCGUUUCUAAUUUUAGCGAUCGACGAAAUAAAUCGCCGCCACGAUCGUAUUUUAUACCCGAUCCGUUUCGGGCCUGGCCGUGACUCGAUCAAACGAUCGUCGCGAUAAAAUUACGCGAGGCGUAAACAGGCUGGUGGCGUCAAGUGUGUCAGUGUGCAUUUACGAGAAUCAUACGUGACACCCGUAACGAUCGCUAAACACGGGCCGCCGACUAUUCAAGCGCGUGUAAUUCGUCCAAUCCGGAUCUCGCAUUAAAUAAGCACAGGAGGGUGAAAUUGCCGGUAGCCUAAUAAUGAUCCGGGUUCGGGUCGCCCCGAAUAAUGGCCUCGUGUGUCGCGAGAAAUUUGCAUAAAUAUGCCGAGGCAACUAGAUCGGAGGAGCAUCGUCUCGUCGCAUGACUUACAUCAUACAUACAAAUCAGCUGUUUGAAUCCUAGAGAGUUUGCUCUCUGUGGAACAAAAGACAACGUCGUACUUUGUAUUCCUGACAUUUUCGAACAAUCAUCCGCCCGACCGUUUAUCAGAGGGAACCGAGAGUGCAAGCUUCCAAAGAUCCUAUUUCGCUCUAUUGCGUAAUUACUCUUCCUUGCCUUUCAUUCGUCAUCUUUUGUGCCAUAAUUUACCGUCCGUUGAUAUUAUUAAACCGACGGAUCAUGGUUAACGGCACGUUCAUUCUUCUACAAUUUCGUGUUAUACGAUAAACGGACCGUGAGCGUCAUUUACGAUAAUAACGGCGAAUCCUCGUACGACUUUAACGUCGAAAUUAUUGAACUACGUAAAACACGAGCCUCGUUACCUUUCGUUACGCAAUUUUACAACUUCGUAUAAAAGUGGAUAUCUCUCUAUUAUUCGCAAUUCCACGCUCGUUAAAACGUAAGAUUCGACUUAUAAAAUUCCUCCCUCGCCUGCCUCCCCUCCGGGGAUAAUUAAAGAAAACAUUUCCCCCUCCGCGAGAGUCGAGUCAAUCGCGGAGCGAAGGCGCGGCCGAGUUUCUCGAAAGCUUCUCGCCGCCAACUUCCCCGAUCAAAAAUCGUAAAUCGAGCGGCGCGUGAUUCAUCACCGGUAAAUCCAGAUCGAUGUUUGUCCCCGCGGCACCGGCUCGCGCUCGUCCGAGCGUAUCGUGGCUAUUUCUACUUCUGUCGGCCAGUGACGAGGACGGAGCGAAAAGUUGGUCAGGCUGGCGUUGGCAAGUGGCAAGCGGUAUUCCUAGUGGCCGAACUGGGACAAGGACGCGUGCACGAUUUGUGCGUAAGGUGAGGCGACGCGUGACGCGUGGCUCGGCGCACGAAAAAACGAAACUGCCGGGAAACCGAACCAAUUCGAGGCGAAAUUGACGACACGCGCGCGUGAAAAUGUUUCUUUUUAUUUUCGCUCAAGUAAAAUUUCUCGACGUAUCGCUCGUGGAAAUUUUGUGGAAAAAUUUCGAGAUCCCGAGACUAAGGAGCGAGAAUUCCAAGUGAAAAAAGAAAAAGAAAGAAAGAAAGGGAAAUAAAUAAAAUAGGAAAAUAAAUGUGCCGAGUUUAAUAUUCGCGAUGCGAGGUGUAUCGAUUCCAAGCGAAUGCCUCUUGGUUCGAGAUUAUUUUUAACACGGCGGGAAACAAGGAAACAAAGCUUGUGUGCCGACUCUCAAAAGUCGUUUCCACGGCACGACCUCAGCCUUUUGUUCGGUCACUGUCGAAGAAAUUGUGCGCGGCGAAACGAGGGAAGAGAAAAUGUUCGUCGUCGAGUCUUUGGAUCAGGAGAGUAGAAGAGAGGCGGAGAGAAAGGGUCGAGAGGAGAGAAAACAGAGACAACAGGCCAUUGUCUUGUCGCUCUUGGUCGUACGUCUUCCUGCUGUUACGUCACCAUUGUUUACUCCAACCCCGGAGCAACUCUCUCGCGCAUUUUUAUUUCGUCACCACUUCGAUAUCCAUUGUGCAACCGAUUCGCCCUUUCGUGCCGUUAAGGGGAUAUACCGGCCAAUACUUUGACGCUGCACCGUCAAACGAUCAAUUAUUUUUCUCUUCGUUCCAAGUUAAUCGAGCCACUCGUUAUCUUAUUCAUCGCUGUACUUCGUAUUUUCAACUCCUGUAUUCUCAAUUUCUGUUUGUACGUUGAAAUAUAAUUUGCUAAAUUAUUUAUCACACCAAGUCAAGUGACACUUUCACAAGGGUUAUCAAGGUAAUUGAGGUUACUUUGAUAAAAUCGUUAGAGCAGCAACUCUUUUACCAUUACUUUUAUCAAAGCAACAUUGAACUACAAAGUAUCCCUCUAACCUGAUCCUCGUCAAUUUGUCUUUUAGAUAUACGAGCCUACCAGACAUCUUUGGAACACAAAAUUUUCAUAAUUUAUCCACCAAAUUAUCGAUAACUCGGAAUUAAUACAUCUGGAAAAUUUGGAUUACGUUCGAGUUAGGUUUCUCGAUAUGAUUUCAGCCUCGAAGGAAGGAAAAGAUCACGAUUGACGAAUCGUGAGAAGAAGAAGAAGAAGAAGAAGAAGAAGAAUUUCACGAGAGAGAUCGAACGAGAUAUAUCGGUGGAACAAGGAUAGAAAUGAUUGAACGAUAACGGAUUGAAAACGACGAAGGAAAGCGACAUUCCGCUUGGAAAUAUCGAUGUCCAUUGACAGCGUAUUCACGAGUACUUCUCCGCCAAUCGAACGAUGGGCGUCGUUCCCUUGGCUAUCGCGCUCACGGUGUCUUUCAUGUCGGCGAUCACCCUGCUAGGAAUCAGCGCGGAAAAUUACGUCCACGGUACGCAGAUCAUGCUUCUAUACCUGGGUGGCUUCUUCGGCACGCCGAUCGCCUUGUACUUCUACCUCCCCGUCUUCACCCACUUGAAGAGCAUGAGCGUGUACGAGUACCUGGAGAAACGAUUCGGAAUCGGAGCACGACUGGUCACAAGCUGCGCCAACUUCCUCCAACUGUUGCUGUACACCGGAGUGGUGUUGUUCGCCCCAUCGUUGGCCCUCGAAGCGACGACUGGCCUGUCAGGGAACGCGAGCGUCCUGUUAAUAGGGAUGAUUUGCACUUUCUAUUCUACGGUGGGUGGCAUCAAGGCUGUCCUCAUCACAGACGUCUUUCAAGGAUUGCUCAUGUUCGUUGGAAUCGGUUGCGUCCUCGGCAUAGCGGCCGGCGACCUCGACGGAGGGUUGUCCAACGUGUGGACCGUCGCCCAGCAGGGUGGUCGAAUAGAAUUCUUCGAUUUCAGGAUUGAUCCGACCGUGAGGCAUACCUGGUGGGGAUUGCUGAUAGGUGGCACGACGAUUUUCCUCUCUCUAUACGCCGUGAACCAGGUUCAAGUUCAACGUCUGCUCACCGCAAAGAGUCUGAAAGCUUCGCAACACGCGCUCAUUCUGAGCGGCCCGAUCACCUUGGCUCUAGGCAUCAUGACGUCGUUCUCCGGCCUGGUCCUGUACGCUGUCUACAGAAACUGCGAUCCUCUCAUGUCCGGUAAAAUUUCCAGCUUCGACAAAAUAAUGCCGUAUUUCGCGGCUAAUAGAAUGUCGCGAGUGCCAGGGGUCACUGGCCUCUUCAUAUCCGGUGUAUUCAGCGCGAGCCUCAGCACCAUUUCCGCCAUGUUGAAUUCCUUGGCCGCCGUGGCUCUCGAGGAUUACGUGAAACCCGCCUGUCGUAAAAUUGGUCUACAAUUUCCAGAAGAGAGAGCCACUCUGAUCGGCAAAGUUCUGGCUGUUUCGAACGGUUUCAGUUGCUUGGCCGUCGCCUUCAUCGCCAGAUCAAUGGGUUCUCUGGUCGAAACUGCCAUAGGAAUAUCUGGGGCUAUCGGGGGUCCGAUCCUGGGCAUUUUCACGCUGGGGAUGUUCGUGGAGAGGGCCAACGAGAGUGGAGCCAUCACGGGGAUCGUCUCGGCGCUCAUCACCUGUAUAUGGGCCGCGUUUGGGCCGAAACCGCAGGUGCAAUUACUUCCACUGUCCGUCGAAGGCUGCGACAAUUCCACCUCGCUGUUCGAUCAUCGAAACGCCACUCAAUUUGAAGAACACGUGGACGAUUCCUCGUAUUUUUAUUUGUAUCGUAUAUCGUACAUCUGGUACAACCCGCUUGGAUUUUUGAUCACGUUGAUCGUUGGAUACGUAACGAGUUUGAUCACGAGCAGGAUAUUUCACAAGGACGCCCGUGAACCGGAUCCAAGCUUGUUCGUCCCCUUCUUGGAGUCCCGAAUCAGGCGGCGAAGACAGAACGAGGGUAAAACUACGAACAGCCAGGUCUUCGUCUUGGAGAACAGGAAAUGAAAUAAGAAGGCAUCGAAUCGAGAAUAAAAUCCGCUCGAAUUAAGCUUCAAGUUCACGUUUUCGCGAUCGCUUCAGAGAGCUGGGAGAGCGUUCCAACGAUUAUAAAUUGAAGAUCAUAUAUAUCGUUAAAGUUUUCCAGGAGUGGAGCGUAAGGGAAAGUCCUUUAUACCGUUUCUUCUACGAGAGAUAUAAUGUACAAAUUUUAUAAAUUUAUGGAUGUUAAGAACCUUACGUACCAAGUGAAACUCAACUGCUUCCAACGAGAGCAGUGCUGCCUCUAACCAGCUCGUCUGACAGGAACAUGAAUCUUCCCAGUAAGAGGAUGUGCUUGAAAAACGAGGGAAAUUAUUUAUAAAUUUGGAACCCUUUGCUUUCCGCAAAGUACUUAAGUACCUCGAGUACUUUCUCCCAAUUUUCCGAUCAAACGGAAAUAAUCCGACGCAUGCAGUUCAACGAAUAAUACUCAUUAAUAAAGUAAAUGCUCGAUUCAGUCUUCCCUUCA